GAGCAAGAGCUGUGGCUCCUUGGCUCCUGAGGAGGAGCCAGUAUCUGCCUCCCAAAUGGAAGACGAGGAGGAGGAGGAGGAGAUGGAUUUGGAUCCAGAUCUAACCCCAGACCUGGAGGAGGAGGAAGAGGAGGAUGAGGAAGAGAGUGAUCUCGGGGAUCCAGCUGUCCUCAAUGCUGUCCACAACACCCAGAGAGGUCUUCUCAACUCCCCUGGAAUCAAGGCCUCUGGUGUGUUGGGGAUGUCACCUGCUUCCUUGCACUUUCUGUGGCAGACGCUGGACUACCUCUCUCCUGUUCCUUUCCGGACUACCUUUUCCAGUGCCAGCUCUCCAGCACGACACUUUGGACCUCGACUUCUCCUACCAGACCUAACUCUCUUCUGCAGCCCACCAACCUCAUGGCCCCCUAGUUUCAGUCAUCUGACCCAGCUCCACCCUCAGCACCAACGGAUCUUGCAGCUGCAGCAACAUAGUCGAACACCAAGUCCCCCAGCCAAGAAGCCUUGGUCUCAGCAGCCAGACCCCUAUGUUAACCUCAUGACCCGAAAAGAGAAAGACUGGGUGAUAAAAGUACAGAUGGUUCAGCUGCAGAGUGAGAACCCCUGCCUGGAUGACUAUUACUACCAGGAAUAUUAUCAGAAACUAGAGAAGAAGCAGACAGAGGAAGAACUACUGGGGCGAAGGACCAAGGUUGAAUCCCUCAAGCUGGUAACACCUUACAUUCAGAAGGCGGAGGCUUAUGAGUCAGUGGUUCGAAUCGAGGGUUCCCUGGGCCAGGUAGCUGUAUCAACAUGUUUUAGCCCUCGUCGAGCUAUUGAUGCUGUACCCCAUGGAUCUCAAGAGCAGGAGAUGGGAGCUGCAAGCAGUCAGAGGCUUCAGGUGUUGUCCCGGAUUGAGAAGAUGUUCAUUCAGUUACUAGAGCUAGAACAGGGCCAGAAGGAUGGGCCUCAACAGCCCUGCUACUCCGAACAGCAGAGCAACCAGGUUGAGAAGCUCUUCCAGGCCUUAAAGACCCAGGAGCAGAAUAAUCUGGAGGAGGCAGCAGAUGGCUUCCUGCAGGUGCUCUCCGUGAGGAAGGGGAAAGCUCUGGUGGCAAGGCUGCUCCCUUUCCUGCCCCAGGAUCAAGCUGUUCGCAUUCUUCUAGCUAUCACCCACCAUUUGCCCCUCCUAGUCAGAAGGGAUGUUGCCGAUCAGGCCCUACAAAUGUUAUUCAAACCUCUGGGCAAAUGUAUCAGUUACUUGACCUUCCAUGAACUCCUCCAAGGACUUCAGGGGCUAAUGCUGUUUCCGCCUGGCUCCUCAGAGCGACCAGUCACUGUGAUCCUUCAGAACCAGUUUGGAAUUUCUUUGCUCUAUGCCCUGCUGAGUCAUGGGGAGCAGCUGGUAUCCCUGGAGUCUUCUCUUAAGGAGUCCAAUAGUGAUAAUUCAGCUUGGACAGACAUGGUGGUUCUGAUUGCCUGGGAGAUCGCCCAUAUGCCGACAGCCUCUCUGGCAGAACCCUUAGCCUUCCCCAGCAACCUUCUUCCUCUGUUUUGUCACCAUGUGGACAAACAAUUGGUACAGCAGCUAGGGGAGAGGAUGGAGCGAGAAAUGCAAUCAGCCGAGACAGCUCAGCUGUCUAUGCCGGAGUCACGAGACAGCGAGCGAGGCGGCUACACUGCGCAUGCCCAGGACGCAGAUCGGCUCAGGUGA